AUGGAAUUUACCAGGGUUCUACACUGGUUCUACAGGUUUCUACCGCAUAUCGGACCCGCAAAGGUGGUAGUCUACCGGCAACGAUAUGGGAAGGCAGGUGGUAAGAGGUCUGCACGUAUGACUGAGGCGAAGUCAGUCAAUCCAACCGGGUCCGAUCUACUUCCUCCAAAGUCAUCAGCCCCCGAUCGAAAGGAAGACAAGGGAGUAUCGGAAGAGCUGCUAGCUGCGGCUACAAUGGGAGCAAGACGUCCGCGAUGUGGCGUAUGCCAGCGGAAGUUGACCCUACUCGGGUUGAAAUCAUUAUCACUUUUAUAUGGAAAGAAAGCGAUCAAAGACAAACGAGAAUGGUCAAAGGGGAUGAUCGGGUCACAUUCACCAUCUCAAGAUAUUAAUUGCCCUUCCCCAAUCAAAAUCACAGGAAAGCGGGUCGACCCGGAAGAAGUAUUUGAGAAGAUUUUCGGUGGGGAGAGAUUCGUGGGUGUUAUAGGACAUAUUAGUUUGGCGAGGCGGCGUUUCAGGGGGCUGAGGAGGAGGCAUGGAGUGAGGAAGGGAAGGGAAACCUGUGAUUACAUAUCAACCCUCCGUGCUGCCCUUGACCCCAAAUCCAUCUUCGACCAAAUUCAGGCAACCGGAAACCUCACACCUGCCGAGCAACAGGCUGCGGGGAAGGGGUUACAGGCACUGUUUAAGUAUGCGAAGUUAGCGGUUGAGGAGGUGUUGAGGGAGGUGUGUGAUAUGGUUUUGGAGUUAGAUGAAGAUACGAGUGGUAUUGGGAGGGAAAAGGCUGUGUUGACGGCUGUGGCGUUACAGACUUUGGGUAAGGCAUAUGCGCUUUCAGGCACGACACAUCAUCCGCAAGGCUCUCGGACGAAUUCGCCUACUCCCAGAACCUCCAGUACCCCAGAUCCGAAUUCAUCUAAUCACAGUACCACUAACAGUAAGAGCAGCAGCAUUGGUCUUGGAGGAAUCGGUACUGGGUUGGGCAAUCUCGGAAGAGAUAUCGGUCCGGGGUUGGGUGGGAUGGUUGGGUUUCGUGCUUCUUUCACUACCACUACUUCCACUACUUCCGCUCCCAAUCCCAAUUCCCAUCAUAGUUCCAGCCUCAUUGCAAUUGGAUCAAGCCAGGCAUUUGGUGUAGGUGUAGGUGGAUGUAGCAGUAAUCCAGGAGGUCAAGGGAGUCAAUGCGCGCAAGGAGGUCAGGGCAGUUAA